UACUAGAACUAAAGCAUAAAAUUUACAUUUUAAAAUAAAUAUGAUCCGUAACAUAAUUACUAGAGCUUAAUUGCCAUUAUGGUUAAUUACGUUACUACCAAUGCACAAAAAAGAGUGCAAUCAACACUAAAGUCCAGCAUUAUCCAGCGUGAGGUAUCGAGAUGGAUUCAUUUUGUGGCGAAUGUUUUGUCAUGAACGGCAGUGAAGCAAAUCAAACAUAUAACAAAACGUGCUUUAUCCAGGAGAGUAAUGUUACCAGCGAACAAAUCCCUGAAGACGACAUGUUUUACAAGAUCAUUGUCGCCAUUCUGACGUCACUACUUGCUUUCGUCAUACUUGUUGGAAACGGACUUAUAAUAGCAUCAGUAACAGUUGUACGGAAAUUACGACAGCCUGCAAACUAUCUUAUAGUAUCACUGGCCUUCUCAGAUUUUCUUGUCGCUGUUGUUGUUUUGCCAUUGACCAUUGUGUACGAUAUACUGGGGGAAUGGGUGUUUGGACCUACCAUGUGCAAUAUACACGUCAGCUUUGAUGUUAUCUGCUGCGCGACAAGCAUUCUGAAUCUUUGUAUGAUCAGUAUUGACAGAUAUCUUAUGGUGACACGACCUAUGAAGUAUCCGAAGAAAAGAACAGCGAAGUUGAUGGUGUUCAUGAUAUGUACAGCAUGGAUAUUAGCUUGUCUUAUUAUUUUUCCUGCAUUGUUUGGAUUUACGAAAAACGUUACUGAUGAUCCUUCGUGGAUGACACUUGGGCCUUCAUCAGGAAUCCACGAAGAUCACUUCAAUUUUUCAUCUCGACCGAUUUGGACAAAAAUGUCCUCAAUAGCAACAGACGAAAUGCCUACUUAUUGGACGAAAUGCGACAGUGAAUCAACAAUAUGGCAAUUUGCAGUAGACAUGGAAAGAGAAUAUUAUACGACACAUAUUCGGUUCGACAGUUUGAACAGCAGUAUAUAUUAUGGUCACGUACAAACAAUACCAGAAGAUAUCAGUGAAGUCGUCGAUACCAAUUUUUCAAUAAAGACGAACGCUGUGGCUAAUCUACCGGGAUUACCAACCAGAUAUAUCAGAAUUCUGCUGAACGAGUCCAACAUCGACAAAGUAUCUAGUACGUCAGUGGAAAUAUUUGGGGAACUCAUUCAUGGAAAGACAUGCUUAAUUAGCCAAGAAGUCUGGUUCACUAUUUAUUCAACAGUCGUUUCAUUUUAUAUUCCUCUUGCUGUGAUGUUAUGCAUGUAUUAUAAAAUAUAUUUGGAAGCAUCUCGUUUUAAAGCACGUCAAAGAGCAAGAUCAAAAAGUUUAAGCGAUCAGCCACAUUCUCUGCUAUCACAAUCGUUGCGACGGAAAUGCGACAUAAUAUCAGACGAAUCCACUACAGACCUGUUGGAUUAUGGCAUUCAGAGUUAUGAUACACCGGACAGUAGUCCAUAUCGAUCACCACCUAAUAACCAUGAGAUGAAUUGCGUUUUGAAUAACAGUAACGAUACAGCCAAAUGCAAGAUCGGUGAACACGAUAUGAAAUCACCAAUUACGUCUCGAGACGACGUUUUUAAUUCAUCAACGUUACCAAAUAAACAUUUACUAAAUCCUGAAAUUGCAAAUGGAAAAAGACAGUCUGUGAGUGACAGUCAUAUCAAUGAUAAAACUAUACUGUGCAAUAACGGAACGAUGUCUACAUGCAAACGUACAUCGAGUUUAAUGCCGAUUGAAAUAAACGGCAACGCUUUGCCGAACGAUAAACAAUUUAGUAGUAUGAGAAAAAGUUCUUCGUGGUGCAAAACCUUACAUUAUUCCGCCGCGUCUGUGAAUCAAAUGGACGCAAAAUCGGUUGCCAAUAAUGUAAUGAGCAAUGGACGACCACAAGAUCCCUUAUCAAAUGAUAAUAGACAUUUUGAAAGUUUCGCAAAUCAGCGUUCGAAUUCUAUAAGACAAAGUUUCAAAGGACAUUCUUUGCGUAGAAAAUCAAGUAGUAUUUUAUCUGGAAGACGAUCAACACGUAACGGCAGUUUUCUAUCCUCAACCAGAAGAUCAAGAAGAGGAAGCAUCAUACGACGUGUUUCGUCUACAACAUCACGUGAUAGAUUACGCAAUGCAAAAGCAAUUCGUACUCUUGGUAUUAUUGUUGCUGUUUUUACAUUUUGUUGGCUGCCAUUCUUCAUAUUAACUUUUAUACGACCGUUUGUGUGCGAGCAUCCGGAAUCAAAAGACUGUUUUCCACUAUGGCUGGUACGGCUGGUGUUAUGGCUGGGCUAUCUUAACAGCGCUCUCAAUCCCAUUAUAUACGUUGGAUUCUCUCCAGAUCUUCGCGAAACUUUUCGAUUUCUUAUUUGUUGUAAAUGUACAAACGUUGACAGAAGACUGGCUCAAAAUGAACUCAAACAAGCGAUAGAAGAAGAACGAAAGGGCUCUUUACUAACUGAAAGACAAGAUUUGAAUGCGCCUGUUUCAUGAUUUAUAAUAUUCAUACCAGCCUAAACGACACAGAAGAAAUAACGAAUGCUUAAAACGUGUGUCAUCAAAAAAAUUUAGAGAAAUUCUAAAUAUAAAACAUCACUUAUUUUCUGUAAUAGGUGAAUUCGAUGAAACGUCUUUUCAAUAUAAUUCAGUGAAUUUACUCCAGUGAUUCAAAUUAGUUAUUAGAUUGCUGUUUACCAAGUGAUCCUAACAGUGUUACAUUGUAGUUCAGACGGUCAGUCUGCAAAAUCUAUAAAUUGAACUUUUUGCACAUUCUAAAAAAACGUUUUGUUCAAUUUAUUUAUUGACUCAAUUGUUGUUUUAUUUUGAUUUAUUCUUUAGUAUAUUCUUCCUAUUUUACCAAAAAAGUUUCUUCCAAUUCGUCCAUUUUUUUUGAUAUUUCAUUGUGCGCGAUAACAGUAAGAACAUCAGUUUCAAAAUUUAUAAAGUUCGUUAUUUUGGUCAUAUUAUUUUUUGAAGGCUUUGUUCUUCCAUGCUAAAUGUCCAUCUUUUAAUUGCACUCGUUUAUAUAUUAACGGAACAAAAAUAAAACUGUGAUCUUUUUUCAUAAGAUUAUGUAAUAAAAGUUCCUUUUUGA